GGCAACACGCCUUUGAUUCGCAUCAACCGUAUCGCUGAACAGGAGGGCCUCAAGUGCGAGCUCUUGGUCAAGUGCGAGUUCUUCAAUGCCGGUGGCUCCGUCAAGGAUCGUAUUGCUCGCCGCAUGAUUGAGGAGGCUGAGCGCAGCGGCCGUCUCAAACCCGGAGACAUUAUCAUCGAGCCCACCUCUGGCAACACAGGCAUUGGCCUCGCAUUGGCCUGUGCCAUCAAGGGAUACCGCUGCAUCAUUGUCAUGCCCGAGAAGAUGAGCCAAGAGAAGGUGGACGUUCUUCGCGCGCUUGGUGCCGAGAUUAUCCGUACCCCCAACGAAGCUGCCUUCGAUUCGACCGAAUCGCACAUUGGUGUGGCCAACCGCCUGAACCGCGAGCUGCCCAACUCCCAUAUCCUUGAUCAGUACUCCAACCCCAACAAUCCUCUGGCUCAUUACGAUGGCACGGCCGAGGAGAUUCUGGAGCAGUGCGACGGCAAGAUUGACAUGUUGGUUGCCGGCGCCGGUACCGGUGGUACCAUCACUGGUAUUGCUCGCAAGCUCAAGGAGAAGGUGCCUGGCAUCACGAUUGUUGGUGCGGAUCCCGAGGGUUCCAUCCUUGCCCAGCCCGAGCAGCUGAACGAGACGUCUGUCACUGGCUACCAGGUCGAGGGUAUUGGCUAUGACUUUAUUCCCCGUGUGCUGGACCGCAGCGUCAUUGACAAGUGGGUCAAGACAAACGACCGUGAUUCAUUUACGUACUCCCGUCGCAUGAUCCGUGACGAGGGUCUCCUUUGCGGUGGCUCUUCAGGCUCCGCCAUGUCCGCGGCCAUUGAGGCUGCUCGUGACUUGAAGGAGGGCCAGCGCUGUGUCGUGAUUCUCCCCGACUCAAUCCGCAACUACAUGACCAAGUUCUUGAACGACGACUGGAUGUUCGACCGCGGUGAGUGGACUUCCCUGCCCGUGACGUCCAUGCCCCAAAAGUUCCCCAUGACCCUGGACCCUGAUGUGACCUGCCACCACGCCACCGAGAUUUUGAAGCGCGAGGGCUUUGAUCAGAUGCCUGUCGUUGGGCCCAAGGGUGGCGUUUUGGGCAUGGUCACCGAGGGCAACCUGAUGUCCAGCCUGCUCAAGCGUCGUGUCAAGCAGACGGACCCGGUCGCCAAGGUGCUGUACAAAUCGUUCAAGCAAGUGCCAACCACUGCGACGCUUGGCCAAAUCUCGCGCCUGCUGGACCGCGAGCCCUACGUCCUUGUUGUUUCGGAGCAGCGCUGCUUUGUCAACUCGAACGAGGCCACCAUGCGUCAGACCAUCUUCUCUAUUGUCACGCGCAUUGAUCUGCUCAACUACAUCAUGACCCACGCCCCGUCCGACCGCGCCUCGGACGCGGACGCGGCUGCAACUUCAGGCUCCAACAAGAUUGCUGUUUAA